CAUAUCUCUUUAUUCUUUCGCUAGAAACUUCUAGAAUGGAGUGUGGAGUACGGAAUAUGAUUGUUUUAUUGUAGAUUGAUUCUUAUAGGAGUUUCCUGUAAUAAUCCAUUUAAACUAAGUAGCCAGCGAGCAUAUGGAAGUUGAAUUCAUGUGACAAAAGCUAAGUACAAAAUAUAAUUAGCACACAAAAUGACUUGCAAGCUUCUAAUGAUACUUAUCUAGGGUAUUAUUGCCAUUAAAAUUGGUGGCAUCAAGAAUGGCAGAGACGAGAGAGACAAUCACACAAUCAAGUGCGCAACAUCUGCAAUGAACUGUUUCAGGUGCACAGUGAAAAUGUGUGCUUGUGAAGUAUCUCUCCUAAUUAUAGGAGUAUGAUAGAGAAGUGGAUUAACCAAUUCUGAGUAAAAUGGUAGAAAAAAGAAGUAAAUGCGGACCUGUUUCCUUAGCAUAUUCUUCAUUGGUGUUUAAAGUCUUACUAAGUUUACUAGCCAGUUACCCGUGCUUUGCUACGGUUUUUAUAUAUCAUAUAAAUAGGUAUUAACUUUGCAAGGACGAAGUGGUGGAAACUCAAAGGGGAGACAUCCAAAGUUUUUAGGGAAAGAGUUUUUGUGGAUGGCGCUUGGUCCGAAGAAGAAGAUGCAAACAAUAUGUGGGUGAAGAUGACAACUUGUAUUAGGAAGGUGGUGUCAGAGGUGUUUGGAGUGACCAAAGGGAGCAGCGGUGAACUUAAGAGUACUUGGUGGUGGACCGAGGAUGUUCAAAAGGCAAUAAAGGAGAAGAAAGAAUGUUACAGGAGCUUGUUCCAUGACAGGAGCGCGGUCAACAUAGAGAGGUAUAAGGUGGCAAAGAAGACUGCAAAGCGAGCUGUGAGUGAGGCAAAGGGUCGAGCCUAUGAUGAUCUUUACCGAAGACUAAGUACAAAGGAAGGAGAGAAGGAUGUAUAUAAGAUAGCUAUGAUUCAGGAAAGGAAGAUGAGGGACCUCAACCAAAUUAAAUGCAUUAAGGAUGAGAUGGAUUAACUCUUGGUGAAAGGACAAGACAUCAAACAGAGGUGUCAGAGAAUCCAAGAAUCAGAGGUCAAAGAAGCUUUAAAGAGGAUGAAAGGGGGCAAGGCGAUGGGCCCGGAUGGUAUCCUAAUAGAGGUGUGGAAAUGCCUUGGGGAUAUUGCUAUUGUUUGGCUAACCAAGUUGUUCAACCAUAUUUUUCAAUCAAACAAGAUGCCCAAUGAGUGGAGGAGUACAUUAGUACCAAUCUUCAAGAACAAGGGAGAUAUUCAAAGUUGUACCAACUAUCGAGGGAUUAAGCUCAUGAGCUACACUAUGAAGCUAUGAGAGAGAGUUAUUGAGCAUCGCCUGAGAGAAAUGACUCAUAUCAUAAUGAAUCAAUUUGGAUUCAUGCCUGGAAGGUCAACCAUAGAAGCAAUUUUCUUAAUAAGGCAGGUCAUGGAGCGAUAUAAGGAGCAAAAGGACUUGCACAUGGUUUUUAUCGACUUGGAAAAGCCCUAUGAUAAAAUAUCUAGGAAUCUCAUGUGGUGGGCAUUGGAUAAGUGUGAUAUCCUUGCCCCUGGGAUGGGAUAUCCUGGCCUAAGGUUUAAUAGAAUUAAUAGAGUAUUAAUACCAAUAAGGUUGUCAUGGGCAUCAUAGGGAGCGGUCACUCAUGUGGGGCCGCACCUAUGUGCGCCAAAAGCGAGAGGCCGCAGGGGGCGCUGGCAGCAGCGCGCGCAAGGAAGGCAUGGCAAAGGAAAGCGCGCACAAGGAAGACAUGGCAAAGGAAAGCGCGCGCAAGGAAGGCAUGGCAAAGGAAAGUGACUGAUUUGGUGGCUAAAUUGAUAAACCUAAAUUGUAGGGGAGAUAAUUUCAAUUAGCCUAGUUGGUCAACCGGUGACCUAUAUAUAGGCCUGUAUGCAGGAGACAAAGGAAGAAGGAAUAUAUUAUCAAACCAAUCUCUCUCUCUUGCAAUGACUCUCAAGCGCCUAGGGCUGCUACCCCAGAACCAAGCCUGCGGCAGAGGGGUAUAACCUCGCCGGAGAAGACAGCUAUCCUCAUGGACCGAAGGUCCAUGACACCUGGUAUCAGCUCCAGGUUAUUCUCACCACCACCAGCCGCCCAUCCCUCACCACCACCAGCCGCCGCGCCAUCAGCCGCCGCAAUGCCCUCCCACCCGCCCUCUCCAACUCCAGAUGCAUUCACUCGGCUCAAAGAGAGUUUUGGCCGCUUCGCAGAGCAGUGGGAUCAGUUCGUUGUGAUGUUCCACCGCUACAAGGAGAAGACAGAGAAGGAACUCCAAGCAGCGGUGCAGCUUCAGACGGCAGCGCGAGGGUUCCUGGCACGCCGCCAGGUACAGUCCCUUCGUGGGGAGAAGCACCUUGCUGUGGCCUCCAGGGCCACCCCAUGGCCGUCAUCACACGAGCAGGCCGUGGUGCGCCUGCAAGCCGCAGUGCGCGGCUUCCUUGUUAGGCGGGCGGUGCGGAAGCUGCACUUGCUGAUCAGCUCAUCGCUGCACCAACUAGCAGCCUGCGCGCCCAACCACCAGGUCUCGUCUAUACUUUUUGAACCCCCUGCAGAAGUCGAGAUCUGGGUAUGCAGCCCCCCUGCACGGCCAAAGAGGGUCGUCUCCUUCAUUCGGGCACCUGCCUUGGUGCUGGACAGACCCAACAUAAGAACGAGCUGGUUCCUCCUCCACCUUUCAUCCAACGUGAAGGCCGCAGUUCAGCUCUUUCCUUGGGAUCCAGGAGGACAGGAGGACAUAGCUGCAGUUCAAAUUUAUAUUUUAGUUCCACAAUUAUUUUGUAUUUUCGUCUUAAAUAAUAAAUGUAAGUCAAGAUGUAAAAGGCUUAACUUUAAGUCAUGUCAGGUAAGUCUAUGGCAGCUCGAGGACGAGCUGGUCCUCAAGGGAAGGGGAGAUGUCAUGGGCAUCAUAGGGAGCGGUCACUCAUGUGGGGCCGCACCUAUGUGCGCCAAAAGCGAGAGGCCGCAUGGGGCGCUGGCAGCAGCGCGCGCAAGGAAGGCACGGGCGCUGGCAGCAGCGCGCGUAAGGAAGGCAUGGCAAAGGAAAGCGCGCACAAGGAAGGCAUGGCAAAGGAAAGCGCGCGCAAGGAAGGCAUGGCAAAGGAAAGUGACUGAUUUGGUGGCUAAAUUGAUAGACCUAAAUUGUAGGGGAGAUAAUUUCAAUUAGUCACUUGCCUAAUUAGUGGUUGCCUAGUUGGUCAACCGGUGGCCUAUAUAUAGGCCUGUACGCAGGAGACAAAGGAAGAAGGAAUAUAUUAUCAAACCAAUCUCUCUCUCUCUUGCAAUGACUCUCAAGCGCCUAGGGCUGCUAC